AUGGCAUCACCUGGCCUUCAGAGCCACUACGACGACGCAAAUCCUGAAGAGCGGGAACCAUUACCGCAGCUGGAUGAUAUCAAGGUUGAUUAUCAUCCUCACAGCCAGAUUCCGUCCACCAUUCAUCAUUUCGCUGAUUUCUCUCGCACACGUCCCACGGAAGCUUCAGUACCUCGGAAUCACGCACCAUGGGAACCGUUCCGCACACGGCUCGAUUUUGAGGUCGCAGAACUUGCCCUCGAAGCUGCACUCACCGCAGAGCAAACCAAUCGUCUGCUUAGUCUCGUUCAUCGUUCCGCACAUAGGGACGAAACCUUUACACUACAAAACCAUGAUGAAGUCCGGGAGUUGUGGUCAACUGCUUCCCAACGCUUCACACCGUUUCAAGUUGAUGUAGUGUCGGUUCUGUAUCAAAAAAAGGUGCAUGAGUUUGAUAUGCACUACCGUCCUCUGUGGGAAUGGGCUCUUGAUAUGUUGCGAGAUCGACGUCUUGCGCCGCACUUCGUAUUUGAUGCGCAACGCCUAUACAAAUUCAAUGGUACGCGUUUUGUACGCUUUAUUGACGAACCUUGGACAGCCAAUGCAUUCUGGGAUGCACAGUCACGACUUCCGCCUGAGGCAAAGCCUCUGGCUUUUAUCUUGUACGCAGACAAGGCAAAAUUGUCCUCUUUCGGUACCCAGAAAGCCUAUCCGAUUGUUUGUCGGAUUGCAAACCUGCCUGUCGAAAUCCGGAAUGGUGCUGGUAUUGGUGGUGGCCGAAUUGUAGGUUGGCUGCCUAUUGUGUCAGAGGAUCCGGAGCAUGCAGGCAAAAGCAGCUUUGUGGACUUCAAGACUGCCGUUUGGCACGAGUCCUUUUUAAAACUUCUUGAGUCCGUCAUACAGAUCUCGAGGACGGGAUACUGGUUCGAGUGCGGUGAUGCCAUCCGGCGCCUGCUUUGGCCCUUGAUUUUGAUUCUGAGCGCCGACUAUGAAGAACAAUGUAUCAUGGCAUUGAUUCGCGGACUGAAAGGUAAAUUUCCGUGUCCGAUCUGCUUGGUCCCUCGAGACGAGCAAUCAGUCUUGUCUCACGAACUUCGAUUACGGACAAGCGCUGAGUCUGAGGAGACCCUUCAGUUGGCCCGCGCGAAGAAAUCCAAGAAGGAGAGGGAGAAAUUACUCAAAACUUACUCGCUGCGUGACGUUGAAAACGCCUUCUGGAGAAUGAUGCUCACCGACAUUCACCGAGCACUCUCCUUUGAUCGCAUGCAUGUGUAUCAUGGAGGGCUUUGGAGGCACCAUCUGUGGAGGGAGCUUCAGUUCUGGAUACUUGAAUUAGGGCGAGAAGCUGUUGUGCAGAUGGACGCGUGCUAUGAUGCUUUUCCGCGGUGGUCUAACCUGACGCACUUCUCAAAGGUAGUUGGAGUUGAUUUCAAUGAUAGCUCACAUCACGAGGACAUAUCGAAGAUGGCUAUCUUUGCGGCGCAAAGGAUCCUCCGCCGUUCACAGAGUAAGCUCGGCUAUCUACUCUUGCGAUGCAUACACCACUAUAUCGAUCUCGACAUUUACGCUGGAUUUGAGGUCCACACUGAAGAUUCAAUUGUUGCAGGAAGACGAGCUCUGCGGGAAUUUUCAGUGUUGAUGGAGAUGCACGGCCCCGUGAGGGACAUCUACCACAAUCGAACAAAUUUCAAGAACGUUGCUACACAGAUACUUCGCUACGACCAUUGGCUGCUAACCUUAACAUCAAUGCGUUCUGAACUCGACGAGUUGGACGAGUACAAUCGGAAAGCCGACCUCCCAACAACAGAAGACGCAGACACAGAAAAUCCUGCGAUUUCUGUGGCUCCAGCUCCCUACACCCACGUAAAGUUAGGCUCGGCGCAGGGUGACAUCUCAUUUGCAAGUCUCGAGCAGUCGCAUGCAGAUGACGGGGCCUUCGUCGGUUUUCGAAUCAAACUCAAUGCCUUCCUGAACACAUUCUUCCCCAGUAACGACAUUCCUUUACCAAAUGGAAAGCGCAUUCAUUUGCAGGCUGACAACAAGAUUACUGGAUACAAAUAUCUGCAAGUCAACUACGAGUCUAUGGUCGACUGGCGCCAGUGCAAAGACCUCCUUCGAUGCAACCCCGAGUUCUUUGGAUCCCCGCGAUAUGAUUGUGUAAUGGUUCAAACCGACAAUCAACCAUUUUUUGCUCGCCUUAUCUUCAUGUUCGGUUGCUCAAUUGGUGAAACCAAUCUUUCACUGGCGCUCAUACAUCCGUACGAUGUCGGAAUUGGUGUCCGCAGCAAACAUGAUACUGAUCUGGGACUAUGGCGUGUACGAGCCAAACUUCGGUCAUCUCCCGAAUUCAUCUCCGUAAGGUCAAUUAUCCGAGGGGCUGCGCUUGCCAGCGAUCCUGGGAGACAAGGCGAUUACUUCGUCAUCGACACGGUUGACGCAGACAUGUUUCUUCGGGUCAAGUCUCUGCAAGUCGCGUAA